AUGGCUGACUCAUUGGACCUUAGCAACAGAGACCCUAACAAUCUCAACGAUCACAUUAAGGUCACAUUCGAAGACGUACUAGGUGAACCGGAAGGAGCACAUUCGAUUGACUGCGUCUGGAAGCUCGCUUACACCUGUUUCAACUGCUGGCUCGGACUUUGCUACAAAAUUGCAACCAUUCUCUGUGGUAUUUGUAUCGCUGCCGAAUGGGGCUGUGCCUUCGCCGAGAUCGCCUUCUACCACGUCUGGUUUAUCACACCCUCACUGAAAUACUGCGAGCUGAACUGUGCCGUGUGUACGAAGGUGGUACGUGUAUGCGUCUCCUGCUGUUGUGAGCCCUGCUGUGAGGCGCUUGGUGGAAUUUUCCAUCACUUCGGGAAGAAGUAA